AUGCUACGAAGAAAGCCGUUUUUAUGCCCUACAGUACGAAUAUUUCAUCUGUUUGAAGCUGGCUGGACUGUGAGCCAAACGCACAGGUACUUUACAUGCUUACGAUCAGCAGAACGAGAGAGUGAGGACGACAUUGCAGAUUGGGUCAAAGGUAGUCUAUAUGAGCCAAUUCCAUCGCAGCAUUUUCAAGUGCCAGGUAGUAAUCAUGGUGGUUUUGCUUCAAAGAUUUUGCACCCGCCUCUGAAAGUUGUGUCUGAAGAGUCCUAUCUCAAAGAAUGGCACGCGAGAUUUGUUGAGGCCGAUCUCAGGACUGUGAGCCUUGUGCUUGAGGGUAUCCGAAAUAAGACCAUGCUUUUCAGUUUGCCUCACCUGAUGACUCUUCUGCGAUCACUGCACUCGAUCAGAAGAUAUUAUGAGAUUCACGAAAUAUACUGUGUCCUUGAGGACUGCGCUUCAUUUAUCAAAGACGAAGACACUUAUCCAAACAUCAGGCAGGAAUUCCUAAAAAUAGUUCUAAAUGCUGAAGAUAUCCUGGGUAACUAUAAGCUAUGCGAAAGUGUUUUCUCAGAGUAUAUUAAAUUACCAACGCUUGAGCGCUAUAGCAUUUCCAUAGGACUGAAAUCGUUUCUGCGGAAUGACAAUCUGCAGCUUGCCAAACAGUUCUUUAUCCAAAUAUUAGAAAAUCCGGAGACUUUUCCAAUCACAAAGACAGAGUUUAAAAUGUUCUGUCGUGAACUGAGCAAUUUACAAGAUCUGGACUCGAUGAUGUUCAUUUUCAAACUUUGGGUGAAGAAAAGAUGUAUGCGAGAUGGAAGUAUAACUUGCUGCGAUCUGGACUAUGAAACCCUUUCUCUUUUUCAUCGAUUAUUCAUACAAUCUGGCGAUAGAAAAGGCCUCGAGGAGUUCUUGGAGCAUGAAGUUGUCAAGAAGACUGGCUAUCAGGCAGAUGUUGUUUUUCAAAUCACAGAAUUCUGUCAGAGUCUACAUCAAAUAAAGAGGGAGAGCUCCUCUGUAGAAGACGCCACGACAAAGAAAAUUGAUAAAUUUCUUACAAUCCUCGAGGGAAGGCCCAUUGAUCGCCGGCACUUUUGUCUUUCCGUGCUUGAUGCAUUAGUUAUGGGGGACGAUUUCAGCAGUAUAAGACAUGUUAUCGAGAAAGUUCAGCAGGACAAAGAGAUACACCUGGAUGGAUCUUUUCAUCUGACUAUUGCUAAAUUCUUCGUUAGACAUGGCAUGCUUAAUCAAAUGGUUCAAUAUUAUUCUGACAUAGUGUUAAAUCGAGCCGCUGGACGGAUACGCUUGAAGAUCAGUCACGUUGAACAGUUAUGGGAUUGUGCGCUACAGGCUUAUCCGACGCUUACAAGAGAAAUAACCAAUGAGUUGAAGGUUAUACUGACCAAAAAGCAGUACAUCAGGGCGUUCCCGCAACUUCAUCAAGUGCUUAAACAGACUUCGAAGGUAAGAAAACGAAAAGUCAUGGGCGGCGAAGAGCAUUUUAAAUCAGGCUUACCUCAAGUUGACUACGAGAGGCUUAGGAGGUUUGAAAGCUUUAUCGCCAGCCAUGAUAUUGCUAGCGCGACUGACACCGCAUUAGAAAGUUUGAAGCGAGGUACAAAGCCUCACUUUGACUUCUAUCUCUGUGCAAUACGAGAAUGUCUUUCUUCUUCUCUCCCGAACCUUGCCAAAACUUUGAGCGAUAUGCUUUCGAAGCGUUACAAAGUACCCCUGAAGUUGAACAUACUUUGGCUUAGAUACGACAUUGCGUCAAAGUAUCAAUCGACCAUAUCGCAAUCUGAAAUGCUGUCAUUUCGAAAGGUCCCUCUGCUGGAGGCUCAGCUGGCAGAGUUUGUGCGGUUGCACCGAGAAUCCCUGAAUUUCCAGAACUACCUACAACUUUCACAGAUUAGCAUUCUAAUUCGCGAUUACAACCACGCAGACAUAUUGAUCUCAGAGGCAGCCAAUCUUAUCGACAAACGAAGCAGGCAGCAGUGGCUCAUGUACUAUAUGACAGCAUUGAAGAUUGCAGCUCGUCUUUAUAGAGCUGACGAUUUCCUGGCAUUAUUAAGAGCAUGGAACCAAAACGGCGAUGCAAAGCUUGUCACUCGCGGUUGUAUCAGGCAGGUUAAGGCGUACCGGAAGCUGUUCGAGAAAAGAGCUGAUCGCCUAGCUGCCGUUCACAAUGCAUCUCUCGCAGACAUCUCGAAAGAGAUUGAGCUGCUAGUCGAAAAGCACGUCUUUUUCAAAUUUGAAGGGCUGAACGAAAGUCGUAAGUUAUACACCCUUCUGCAAAGAUGGUUAAGUCAAGAGAUUAAAGAGCUCUUGAGGAUUGAACGCAAGAGAAGGAAAACCUUAACCUCUACUGCAUAUUCUGAUAAAGCAUAG